AUGGAUACUCCAACAUUACACAGACUAGCAUGGUGCGUUCUUGUGUUCAUGUACCUAACAUCAGCCCACGCCGCGGAUACCGUGACCAAAGACACAGAAGAUAACCGAACGGUAGACGAUGUCAUUGAUUUGGACGAUUCCAGCGUCACAGGAAAUGAAUCGCUUCUGGAGGCAGCAGACGGAAAAAUCAUCUUCGAGACAUACCCCACAAAGCUUGUAGAAUCAUCACGUGAUAUUAUCAGCGAUGACGUCGAUGGGUUUAUUGGUUCCGGUUCCGGUUUUGGGGAAGAACCAAAGAAUGUGACAGAAGUGGAGCCCUUUACGUCUCUGAAGACAGCAGAAUCAACCGAGACUACACCUUCCAUAACUACAUCUGCUACCUCUGAGGAACACGAGGACGAUGACGUAGAAGCGUCGGCCAAUAGAGAGAUUGUAACUGCGAGAGAUGAUGACGGCAUCACCGAGGAACCGAAUGAAAAUGCCAAAGUCUUUGACGACGCAGACAAAAUUCCAAGUUUUCUCAAGCUUUGCGAGAAGAAAAACUGCAAGUAUGGAGGAAUAUGUGUUCGAACCGGAGAUGACAGUGUAGAGUGCGCAUGUCCAGUACAAUGCGGAAAUGAGUUUGGGAAUCAGUUGUGUGGCUCUGACGGGACACUCUAUCCUAGCCCAUGCCACAUGGAACAGCAAGCAUGCGAACAACAAAGAAAUAUCACGCGCGGUGAUUACCGGGAAUGUGCGCCCUAUGAGACUUUCUGUGAGGAAAACGCAGCGCCAUCUUGGAGCUCGUGGUCAAUAUGGCUACAGUCAGGGAGUACUGACUUCCGGAUCCGGUAUUGCAAGAUUGGAAGCAGUGUUGCUGAAUCACAUGCCAACUGUGGGAACGACAGGAUAGAGGUUCGACCCUGUAAAAAGCGUGACGCAAUGCCAUGCAGCUCGGAGUUUGGUGAGGAAAGCCAACAAUACGACUACGAAUGUGCCGGAACAGACAUGCAAGACGUGCAGGCCAUAGAUCAACUGUUCGACGGAAAGCUCGCCAAUGAAAUGGAGUGUAAAUUCUCCCUGUACGAUGCUGGCAUGCAGAAAUUUGUCCACUCCAACUGGACAUGGCGGACACUGAUGGAGAAAGGAGAUCAGGUCAUCUGGUGCAAUCACAGAGCGAUUUUUAUCCCGUUCUCCUCAGCACCCAAACACUGUCAGGACAAAUUAGAAGACUUUUGCAAGAAAGAGACCGAAUGUAGACCAAAGAAGAAGACCAUGAAAAACAAAGGCGACCGGAAACACAAGUGUUGGAAGAAGUUCCUCUUGGACGAGGUCUCUCCUAAAGGUUUUCCAAACAUCUCAGAUAAAUAUCACGUUUGCCAGCGUUUCGCCCCAGGGACAGAGUUUGCGGAUAUUUUUGGACCCAAAUCAACACAAUUUGCAACCGUUUACGAUACGGUGAGGCGCAGUCCCUUGAUGUCAUUCGCACGCUUCAAAGACCUGGGAGACUCGCUGAGGCCCACGCUUCCCUUUAUGUUGGAGAAAGGUCUUCUUCCCAUUGACUACACUCUGUUAAGUCUCUUCUUUGAGCAAAAGCGGAGAGGCAUGAUACAAAAACGAACCGAGACCAAAGAACAAGCUUGUCAAACUGGAUUUUACCAAGCUUUGGAGAACGACUACAAAGACUCCAAAUAUCACAUUAUGCAACUGCUUUCCCCGGACAUCGCCGGCUUCGAAGUGAGUAAGAGAAUCGCCACAUACACCAUGACCAACACGCUUCCAAUCCACAUUUCCCUUUAUACAGCAUGGAACCAGGCCGUGCAAAACGUCCGCCAUUUUGCAGUCGAUCACUGCAGCAUUCCGAUCUAUACCGAAAGUGACCAAAACAAAAAACGACGACAGUCACAUGACUAUCCAGAAGUGUAUGUAAUCACCGGUGCAGUCCCAUCCACUAAUCCAGAGAUGUUGCUGAACAAGCGUGUUAACAUUCCAUACUUGGUGUGGAUGGCUGCCUGUUGUGUUCGUGGAGCGGAAACGUCAUCGUUUUCUGUGUACGUGCGAAAUGAGAUCAACAGCCCCAUCAUUGUAGCUCCCGUCGUUCAGCUCGAGGUCUUGUUGUCUGACCUUUAUAACGAUGGCGAGCAAAACUCCGUGAAACUAUUCCCAGCCUUCGAGGGUGUAUGUUCAAACAUUCAACAUGACGUGUCACAGGUGAUCAGCGCUUAG